GUAUGGCCAUAGCUUGAACCAUCAAAAUCACAUAUAUAAAGAAGCUACAAAUAAGUUUAUCACUACACAUAUCAAGAAAAAACAAAACACCCACAUAAUAAAAAUUCAAUCUUUAAGCUCAUCACACCAAAUUUUCAACUUUCUUGAAUCUUGUUUUUGUGAGUUGUAACAGAGGUUUUAGAUUGUGGGGUUUGAGGAUUUUUUCAAGAUUUAGGUGGAAAUUGAAGAUGUGGGGUUUUGGGGGAAGGUAUUAUUGGGGGAGAAAAGAGAGAGGGAAAGUGGAAGGAAUAGUUGUGGUUUUCGCAUGGAUGUCAAGUCAAGAUCGCCACCUCAAGAACUAUGUUGACCUCUACUCUUCUCUUGGAUGGAAUUCCCUUGUUUGCCACUCUCAAUUCCUUAACAUGUUUUUUCCUGAUAAAGCUGCAGCAUUGGCAGCAAAUAUUGUGAAUGAGCUUAUUGAGGAACUAAAAGUUAGACCAUGCCCUGUUGUCUUUGCAUCCUUUUCGGGUGGACCAAAAGCAUGCAUGUAUAAGGUUCUCCAGAUAAUAGAGGGCAAAUGUGAAGAACAUGUCAAUCUGGGUGAGUUUCGACUUGUUAGAGACUGUCUUUCGGGCUACAUUUUCGAUUCUUCUCCAGUUGACUUUACUAGUGAUCUGGGUACUAGAUUUAUACUACAUCCAACAGUUCUUGGAAUGUCACGUCCUCCUCCCCUAGCCUCAUGGAUAGCAAAUGGAAUUGCUUCCAGUUUGGAUGCCCUCUUCCUUAGAAGAUUUGAAUCACACCGCGCCGAGUUUUGGCAGACUCUAUAUGCUUCUGUUAGCACGGGAGCUCCGUAUCUCAUUUUGUGCUCAGAAGAUGAUGAUCUUGCUCCCUAUCAAACUAUUUGCAAUUUUGCUCAGCGGCUUAAAGAUUUGGGCUCUGAUGUCAAACUACUAAAAUGGAGUAGCUCCCCUCACAUAGGUCAUUAUCGGUACCACCAACUUGAAUACAAGGCCGCAGUGACUGAGGUUCUUGGAAAAGCUGCUAUGAUCUAUUCUCAAAGAAUUCGUCAACUUGAAGGGGAGAAGAUGGGGUUGGAAGGAUCACAUGAUGAAAUCUCCGAGCCUCUAGGCAAUCUUAGGCAAGCCGCUGCUACUGCAAAUCAAAGCUUCCAGAGAAUUGCUCUCGAGUUGAACGACCACUUCUUUGUACCGAGCUCUGUAGAGUAUCACGAGGGAAGUAAUGUUGGGUCAGUCCAGCACGAACAGAAAGAACGAUACAUUCCUCUUCCAAGCCCACCAAGAAUUAAUGCUCAUGGUGUUCUUGGUCAAAUUUUAUUUGAUGUGUGUGUCCCAAAGGUUGUUGAAGAUUGGGACGUAAGGUCAUCGCCAACUUUCAGGAAAGCAUCAUUUCCAUCGUCACGAAGGCAUUCACCUUUUAAUCCUAUGAAAUGCAUUCGUCGUUCAAGAUUGUAGGAUUUGCAGUUGGUGAUGCGUAGCAGCUUGCUAAGUGAAGAGAAAAAUGACAUGGGAUUAUCAAGAAUACACAAACAUGAGAAUGCAAUGGAAAGAAAAUGAUAAUUACUCUUAUCAGGAAUAAGGUUAAUUCUCAGGAAUUCAGAGGUUCAUUACUUAAAAUCGGCUAAACAGUGACCUAAUUUUGGAUAGAGUUUGAUAUGUAAAAACAAAUUUACCAAGUGUUACUUUUUCUAAGCUUGUCAUGUUCAUUUAUUGCAUUUACUCUGAUUGUACAGAAUUUCUCACUUUGCUCAUUUAGAAUAUAAGACAGGCUAAUCUUGGGUUUA